CCGUACGAUGUACAGUUAUAUAUAGUCCACCGUAUCGUCUGCUCGCUCAAUAAUUUCAAUAAGUAAAUUUUGUCUUUUCACUUCUUGGUUUAAAUUGGAUAAACUUAUUCAGAAUGGCUGCAAAUAGAGCUCAAAAAUCAGGAUUUGCCGCUGAGGCUCAAGCCAAGAUGAACGCAAAAUAUGACGAUGCCGUUGCACAUGAAGCGAUGGCUUGGAUAAAUGAUAGGAUAUCCGCGAUUGGUGAAGGACCAAUCAACACCAGUGGAUCUGCAGACAAUGUUUAUGAAGUCUUGGAAGACGGUUAUGUUCUUUGUGCCUUAAUGAAAGCCAUCGAACCAUCCAGUAUAAAAACACUUAAAAGGCAGAAAUUGGCUUUUAAAAAGAUGGAGAAUAUUAAUGCAUUCUUAGAGGCAAUAGAAAAAUAUGGCGUUGCUAAACACGAUUCCUUCCAAACAGUUGAUCUUUACGAGAGAACUAAUCUUACCCAAGUUGUUCUAUCCAUUCACGCUCUAGGCCGAAAGGUAAAUUCCAAAGGCGGAAAAGGUAUUGGUCCAAAAGAAUCUGAACGCCAGUCACGCGAGUGGACGGAGGAACAGUUGAAAGCCGGUCAAAAUGUGAUUGGAUUACAAAUGGGAAGCAACAAGGGGGCGUCUCAAGCUGGACAAAAUUUCGGAAAAGCAAGACAUAUUGUUGAUUAGAAUAAUAAAAUCUGGACGGUUGUUUAUUUUAUAAAUAUCUCACGCAUCAUAAUGGCAUAAUAACAUAAUAACAAAGUUUGUUUGUUAAGCUUUUAAUUCAUAAAGUGAUAGUGUUUUAAUGCCUCAUAAAUAAAUUGUGUUCGGCUUUCUAUUGUGCACUGAUAGAAAAGUGUACAAAUGUACAGUACUCAUAUUUGACAAACUCUUUUGUCCAUUGUCAUGGUAGUUUUUUCCCCCAUUUUAUUUCAGAUAUCAAUUUAAGUUAUUUUUUAUACGCAAUUUUAUUUAAAACACUCCACACUAUCGGGUUGAUUAUAAUAAAACAAUUAUUAUGAUAAAUUUACAGUAAAUAUAAGAACUAAUUAUUUUAAUUUAAUAUUUUGGACACAGCAGACCGUGCCUUAUAAUGUUUUCUUAUUUACUUAUGAUACUGCCCCUAACCAUGUCCUAUUUCUAUGCAUUGUUAUCUUUUAUUACUGCUUUCCAUUUCAAUUAUUUGUGUUACAUUUUUCUAUACAUUUUGAAUCUCUGAGCUUGAACAAGUUCAAGCUCGCAACAAGUUCAAAGCCUGAAACAAGUUCAAAGUGUAAACACGGUCAAAGUCGAAGGGGACCAAAAUAAUAGAGGGACCAAUGGAGUCUAUUUUGUUCCAGUUUAUUUGUAUUGAAUUAGAUCUAUUCUAGUGAGAAGAAAUGUUACAUUUUAGUUUUGCAACUUCUUUUUUGUUGAAUGACGUGAGGUCACGAGUAAAAUGUUUACAUGUUAUGCAAUUUAUACGUUAUUGAAAUACAUUAAACUUUAAUUAUA